GCAGGCGGAGUGGAGUUCGCAUUUGGGUCUUUCCGUCUUCGAAGCUUCCGGAACAAGAACUUUUUUUGAAAUUUUGUUCUCAGAAUCGAGAGCGAAGUGGAAUUCCUCUCUUUUGGUUUAGUGUCGUAGAAGUGCCGAGACGACAAUGCCUGCUGUACUUGGCUACUGGAAAAUCCGUGGGCUUGCCACAGCCGCUCGCUACAUGCUGGCAUACACCGACACAGAAUGGGAAGAUGCUAUGUACGAGUGUGGAGCAGAGCCACCCUAUGACCGGUCCAGCUGGCUGGAAAAGAAGUUCACCCUUGGCCUGGGCCCAUUCGCAAACCUGCCGUAUUUCAUCGACGGUGAUGUGAAGAUUGUGGAAUCCAAUGCUAUUCUGCGCUACAUUGGCGAUCAGCACAACCUCUGUGGCACCACAAAAGAGGAGAAGGCAUACUGCAACAUGUAUGAGCAUGUGGUGAUGGGCUUCCGCAAUGGCUUUGUUGGCCUCUGCUACGACAAGAAGGGCUUUGAGGAGAGGCGUGCUCCUUACAUCAAGGAACUGAAGGAGACAAAGCUGCCCAAGUUUGCUGAGGCACUUGGUGACAAGAAAUUCCUCUGUGGUGACAAUAUCACAUUUCCAGAUUUCCACUUCUUUGAACUGCUCGAUCAGCACUUGACUUUCGAGCCCGGCUGCCUCGACGACUUCCCCACUUUGAAAGCAUACCACGAGCGCAUUGCUGAGCUACCAAAAAUCAAGGCAUAUCGCGCUUCUGACCGCUUUGUUGCUCGUCCAGUUAACAAUCCCAGUGCCCAGUGGAAGUAGGUCAUGAUCUCUCACGUGCAGCAGCCUUGUCCGCACUGUUUUGCCUCUUGUCCAAGCCCAUUCAAUGUGAAUUCUUUUACUCUAAUAUAUUCUUUGGUUUUCUAGACUUCCGUUUGGCACUUUAGCUGGGCCAAUCAUCAAUAGGUUGAGCCUAUUUAUUCGAAUUCCUUUACAAGCGAUUGUUGUGUUUCGCUUAUCUUUUUUUAAAUGUUUUCUACGAGUUUUUGCUCGUUUUGAUCAGUUCUUUAGAAGAAUUUUUUUGUCCAGGA